GCUGAGACGGGGACACGGUUGACUGCUGGUCCCUAAAUCAGCUCAGAGCUCGGAUACAAAACCAAGAGCGUCGGUGCUUUAGCAGCUUAGUUUCCCUACAUCUGAUUCUUUACACCUUCUGCUGUGCGCUGUGGGACUUUUCUCAUUCACUUACUGUAGCACGUUCAGACCUGUAACUUAUCGAGAGCAGAGACACAACCUGGAUAACGCUCCUCUUUGCUGCGACUGGUGUCAGAGGUGAUGGUAUCAUUUUCUUGCAGAGGACUGUUCCUCAGGUGAUGGUAUGUCUUUUUGGAGUUAGGGGCCACUUCUGGAAACGUGCUAGGUUUUCCACAGCUGUUAUUUUUUCCUGUUGCUACCUUCGCUUUGGCUCAAGCAUGGCUCUCUACUCUCGGUUUGUGGUCGUGCUGCUUUACGGAUGGAGUUAUCUGUGCGUUGGAUACUGCGCGAUGCUGAAGACAGAUAACAUCCCAGAGAGACGGAAGGUGGAUUUUAUGCAUUCGGUGGAUAAAAAGAACCCAGCAAUGGAAGAUCAGGAUCUGCUUUUACAGGAUACAAUGACGGAACACAUGCAGAUGCUUUACGCGAAGUACAACCGGGCUGGAUUUCCGUUCAAGGAUGGCAACACGGUCCGCAGUUUCAAAGCGCACUGGGGUACUAUAAACAAGAAGCAGCUGCAGAUUUUCAACCUCACCUCCCUCACUAAGUCGGAAGAUGUUCUGUCAGCCACUCUUCAUUAUUACAUCGGAGACCUUCAGAACAGCACCCAGGGCUGUUCCAGAUCCAAAAGCUGUGGCCGCCAUGGCCCCCGGAGGCACAGCCACAUCCACAUGGUCAUCUGGAGCUUUGCCUCUGUGGAUAACAAGAUGAGGACUCUCGGACAUUUUCGGAUCAAUGUGUCCACCCUCUACAGGGACUUCAUUUCUUGGCAGUGGAAGGACAUAACGCGUGUGGUCAACCAGGCCAAACACCACGAUGAGCUGCUUAUUGGGAUCGACGUGGCUUCACAAGGGCCCCAGCCGUGGAAGAAGCUCCUGUCAGACCGCUCACCCUAUAUCUUGGUCUACGCCAAUGACUCUGCCAUUUCAGAACCCGAGAGUGUGGUAGCCACUCUCCAGAGACACCAUUCAGUGGGAGGAGAGGGCUCCACUUCACAGGGCUUCCAGAAACUGGGACUGCGUGAGCGAAACAACACUGAACAAGAACAGCCACAACCCAGGCACAAGCGCUCGGUGAACGUUCUGCUCCCGUUGCAAAACAAUGAACUUCCUGGGCCCGAGUAUCCGUACGAAACGACCGGGUGGGAUGAGACGAGUCCAUACGAACCUUUUGAAAACAAGCAGGCCCGUCGGCCGCGUAAAAAGACACGCAAAAAUCAGCGGCACAAGAUGCCCUUGCUGCAGUUCGAUGAGCAGACGAUUAAAAAGGCGCGAAAGAAGCAGUGGAACGAGCCCAGGAACUGUGCACGGAGGUACCUGAAAGUGGACUUUGCUGACAUUGGAUGGAGUGAAUGGAUUAUAUCACCGAAGUCAUUUGACGCCUACUACUGCUCAGGGUCCUGCCAGUUCCCAAUGCCAAAGGCUCUGAAGCCCUCUAACCACGCCACAAUCCAGAGCAUAGUACGGGCAGUGGGUGUUGUCCCAGGCAUCCCUGAGCCGUGCUGCGUCCCAGAAAAGAUGUCUUCCCUCAGCAUCCUCUUCUUUGACGAGGACAAGAACGUGGUGCUGAAAGUCUACCCCAACAUGACUGUAGAUUCCUGCGCCUGUAGAUAGUUUUUUUUUUUUUUUUUAAUCCUUUAAGGCCUGUUCACACAAAACUAAUGUCACAAAAAAGAAAAAAAAAACAACACAUGCAGCCAAACAACACUCUCUCCUCCUGUUUCUUUAGUCAUACACUCAUUCACUUACAAACACCCACUGAACACAACUUCCCUUUUGCACUGGAGGAGAGUACUGCCUGUUGUUCCAGGUGAAGAGGAGACUGGUCUGUUCACGGGAAGGAAUGGAUCGUGUGAGUUAUCCUCGUGGAAGAUAACUGGAAUGGAAAGUCAAAUCUCCAUGCUCCCAUUUCGCCACCGGCACCACUGUUUAUCUUUAUGUCUUUAUCAUCGCUGCUCAGUGGGGCGAUAGCAGGGUGAAUGCAAUCAUAAACUCAUUAUCAAGACAUUCAAACACCGAUUGAGGCAGAAGAGAGACAAAAACUGAAGGAAAAAUCACUUUUCAGGAAAAAUAAUCUCAGUUUGAACUCAUACUUGUGAGGGGGGGGGGGGGGGGGGGGGGUCACUCUCAUCUUUCUCUUCUUCAUAGCUUGAAGUUGUCUUUGGUCAUUACCACAAAGUCACCUCUGCUCGCACUUGCAUGGUUUUUGUUACUAUGUGUAUGUAUUUAUGUCUGUACUAUCACUGUGUUAUUCACUAUAUGAGAAGUUAUUGUAUAAUUAUUGGCUUGGCUGCUAUAGAGAGAUAUAUUAGAUUCCAAAGCCAGAAUUGUGAUGUAGACAGUAGAUGGGCUUACAUAUUUGUCUUUCGAUCACUGCUCCCUUAUUGGACAGAACCCACAUUUUAAGAGUUUAUUAUGUUUAGAAGAGUAAGCUACUUUUCAUUUCAUGGUCUUCAUUAACAGUUGGGAUGGGGAGUGUUUUUUUUAGGAAACCCGUAAUACCAUUUCUUCACCAAGAAAAUGUUCAAGCUUUAUGAGAUUUCGUUUUGAAAGAUAAAGGGAUAAAACAUCGAAAUGAGACACUACUACACUGAACCAGGGCUGUCACCAUGUGUCUAUUCCAAGUGUAAAACCACAGGACCCUGAAAGCCACUUGAUGCUGGUGUGGAAUUUUGAAAAACUUGUUGGACCUGAUAAGUUCAGAAAGAAAUCUAGUCGCGGGACUUCGCAGGCAUCGAGGAUUAACACUUGUGGUUUCAAUGAGCCUGAUAUCAGGCUGAACUUGUUUGUUUUUGGGGUUGUUAAAGUUGAGAACGUGUUGUCAUUACAUAAUGUUUAAAAUUAUGUGUCGUAUUUACAGCAUAGAAUGGCAUUUAUGAAGAAAAACUAUUUCAAAUUCCCAGAAUGCUUCUAGAAAACUGUUUUUACUAAGAUAUCAAACAAGUCAAUAUCAAGUCACUAUACAGUGCUGGUCUGGAAUCAGUUUUGCUUUACAUAUCAUGAAAGCUCAUCAUUUUUGGUUUUAACUAUUUUAAUUGAAAAAUGCCUUAGUUUUCUAAAGGUUGAGAUGGGUUAAAAAUCCUACUUUCACCUGGAUUUUAUCUUCUUGAGCAUCUCAAAGCUAAGUUAAAAGUAGUUCACAGGAAAUGGGGUCGUCUGGUGGCAAGUACACCUUAGAAAAAACCAAAUAUGAUGAGCAAUACGUAUAAUAUAUUGAAUGAUCAGGGAGAGCUGAUCUGUUUUCCUGGGUCACAUAAGCCUUUAAUAUUACUGUAUAGAGUGGGUUUUACAUAAAUCAUUACGGGGUGUGUUAUUUGAUCGCAUGUUCUUUGCGUCAGGUCAGCUAUGGGCAACAGGCACGCCUGGAAGAGCGGCCAACAUGUCGUAACGUCGCCUCGGGUCGUGCGUCAUUGUCAGAGUUCAUAAAACCAAAUAUUUAUUCAGAGCAAACAGACUGAAAUACAGAAGCAAUCUUUUUUUUUUCUAUAGACUUGUACAUUGUUUUUGUAUAUAGCUCACUAUACGUUGAUGACGUUCUAUUGUCUCUUUGAGAUAGAGGUGCCUUUUGAAUGGGUGGAUUUCUGCUUUUCAAAAGUUUGAUUUGAUUCAUGGCCUGGUCAGAGGGGCUCGGUCGUUCAGAGAACUGAGCUGAAGUCGAAGGAAGCAGCUGAGAAUAGUUUUUUAAUGGUACAAAAUAGUCUACAGUGAGUGAACAUAGAGCAUAUUCUUUUGAUAAGGAUGAUCGUCAGUGGAAUUUAUCCUAAAAUGUAUUUCAAAUACUUCACUAUUUUGAUAUUUCAGAGACAUUUAUUUUGUGUCAAUAGCUAAGGGCAGAUUGUUUAACUUUAUAUAUUUUGUACUGACACUUUUUCCAGUUUGUGCUUCCUCAUUUUGUGCCGAUACAGAUUUUAGCGAUGCAUGCUGUAGAAUGGAGAGGCCUCCUCUGGUUGUUCCACAGCAACACUGCAGACAUGACGACUGCUGACGAGUUGUUUUUGGGGGCCUUUGCUUUUGCUGCGUUUGAGACUCAACCCAGGUCUAAACUUCACUAACGUCUUUUGGAGUGCAGGUAUCAAAGACACGUAUAUACAGUAUAGUAUAUCAGCAGUUUAUAAGAGGUUAUUCUACUUCACUGUUCAAUCCUAUCUUGUAAAUGUUAUGCUGUAGGUAAAAAAAAAAAAAGAAA